UGGGAAUAUGCAGAUGUCAAAUUCUGCUUGAAGGGAUCAACUUUGCGAUAAAAUUUUUGAAGUAUAACUGGUUAUAGUCAGUGUGAUCAAACACGAAAAGUGCAAAAAAGCUCUAAGGUUUCUUGGUGCUUUAAACACAAAACACAAAUAAGGCGCGAGUCUUAAUGCAAGAAGGCACAAAUGGAGAGAAAUACAAAUACGGAUGUAUAGUUCAAGACUAAUAAUUGUAAGCAUGGAUAACAAAGAUAUGGCUCAAGCUUGGAGAGUUUUGAUACGUGAUGGUGAAUGCAGUCAAAGGAUUGUAUGUAUCAUGUGAUAUACCUAUGGCUCAGUUCAUUAUCAAUAUGAAUGCUUCAUUACCACAAUCACAAAAGUUCAUCAUACAUGUUUUGGACAAUACACAUCUGUUUGUUCGAUCUGAUAUGGCUGGAAUGAUUCGUAGUGCUAUUGCAGAAUUCAGAGAUGCAAACACAUAUGAGAAGCCUGCAUAGUGCUGUUUGAUGGAAUUGAGCCAUCCUGUGUGUGCGUGCGUGCGCUCACCAGACGCCUUGUUACCAUGUACAAUAUUUCCUAGUAAAAAUUUACCAUUUUCUAAAAGGAACAUAAUAUGCCUCCUACUGUUCUUUUUGAAAUAAUUUCACACAUUUGACAGAGGAAGUUUGUAAUGACCCAAAGUUGUUAUGUUCGCAUGUGGCAAUUGAAUAAUGAAAAGGGAAAUUAGGAAUUAGUUUAAAUAAA